AUGGAGGAGCAUGAUAACUCAGCUCCAUCUUGUUGGACGCAAGGUUCAGGUUCUACCGGUACUGGUACUGGUAGUAGAGGGACUGAUACUCCUGAUACCCCAUUACCUCCUACCGGUAGUAAUCAUCAGCAUCUGAAUAAUGACUACCUCUACCAUCAGCCUCAGCCUCAGCAUCAAGCUCAGCCUCAGCCUCAGCCUCAUCAGUAUGGUCAAGGACAAGGACAAGCACAAGAACAAAGAAACCCAUUUGAUGAAUUCCCUUCUGCAGCCUACAAUGCAAGUGCCAAUGGCAGUGCCAAUGGCAGCAUUAAUAAUGCAGCUCAGGGGUAUACACCCCACAUGACCACAGGCACCACAGGUAGUACCUAUGGCUAUGUGGAGCCACACCAGUCUCUAUCUGCUUCUGGUUCUGGUUCUGCUUCAGUGGUGAGCAAUACAGGAACCAACAGUCUGCACUCUGGGUAUUCACAGCAACAGCAGCUACCCUACCACGACCCCCUGAUGAUUCCCACCAAUUACGCCACCAUGAGUACGGGAGGCAACAGCCAUCAUCCAGGUUAUGAAUAUGAUAAUCCUGGGAUCAAUAAUAAUUCACAUCAUCAUGGCUACCAACCUUCAUCACAAGCUGCAUAUUCCACCAGUGCAGGGGUACCGGUACCGGUAGAUAUAUUAUUGUUUCCAGACCAUCAUCAUCCACCGGAAGCAACAGCACCCACAUAUUAUGAGCAACCAGAAACAACACCGGAAUAUUCUGCUGCGGCUGCCACUCCCUCUACUACUACUACCAGUUACAAUAAUAGUCCUGAACAACCACAACCACCACCACCCGAUGCUCCUCCCUGGUUGACCACUACAACAAGUGACGCAAAUAACUACAACAACUACAAUACCAGCACAACCUACGACGAACAUCCCACCAAUAAUAAUACCCCCUAUUCAUCGUCGUAUGGUGGUGGGUACUAUAAUAAUGCAACAACAACAGACACACCCACUGGCAGUGUCACCAGCAGCUCCAGAUCCGACAAUUCGUCCUCCAAAUCGGGACGCUACAAACUAAUGGCAUGUAUGUGCAUUCUUUCGGCAGCCAUUAUUAUUGCGGCAAUUGUCACCACGGUCGUGCUCCUGACCAAUCAUAAAAAGAAUGACAACAACGUCGCAAAUAAUAGUAAGGAAGACCCACCAAAAUUGGUGUUUGCCAGCCCCGAUAUUGGAUUCUUGCAAAUAAUGAUUCCAUCAUCGUCCUCUGAAAAUGAUGAUAAUAGUAAUAAUCAAGAACCAAAAUGCAUCACGGCAUCCUCCGACGUGGUGAAAGGGGAGGAUGGUGUCGAACAACAACAACAACAACAACCAGGAUCGAAACAACCGUUGGUAUUGGACGAUUGUGCCAAUGGUAGAUUGGAACAGAGGAACCGAUUAGAUCGACAAGUAUUCUUGUAUGAUCCCGCAGCGCGACAAAUUAUCUUGAACAACGCCAACAACAACAACAACAACAAUGAUCUACAGUGUUUCCAGAAAGCCAUCGAUGGCACGGUUUAUCUAGACACGUGUCCUCUACUGGAUAAUAAUAACCCAUUAUUGGGCUGGCAAUGGUUCCCCGAUGAUCAAGGGCGAAUACGCGUAUUUUACAACAACACCGGGCCACGACGGCAGUUGCAGCAAGCACAAGAACCCGCGACUACACGUACCUACUUUGACGACUUGUGUCUGACGGCCAUCGAGGACCGCGUCUCGAUGAAACCAUGCCAGCCCAAUAACAACAACAACAACACGAGUCAAACACUGAUUGUGCCCGAACGAUUCUGGGAUCCACUGCCACCACCCCUUCCAGUCCGGUCCGUGACACCCAACGUAACCGGUGUCUUGCAGAGUGUCGUGUACGGAGAAGGAUGCAUUACAAGGAAUGCUGGGGACGAUCGAUUGGUGCUGCGAGACUGUCGCUUUUCGGACAAUCAGCUCUUUCGGUUCAAUGACUACACGUUGCAAAUGGAAUUGAUAUUAGCAAUGGCGCAACAACAACAACAACAACAACAACCAACGGUGGCGGGCUGCAUGGAACGAGGACAACAAGACCAAGACCAAACUGUGUUUGUCCGAUCGUGCACGAAUACGACUGUUGAUGUCACGGAAACUUUCGAAACGACGGCAGUCGCCAAUGGCACAACCACAGCAACUCCUGCAGAGCGACAACGGUGGUACUAUGAUCGGGAGGGACGACUCUACCAUUUUCCCAAAACGGCCCAAACCAGCUCUUGUUUGGGGUCGCGAGGUGCCUCCUCGUCGUUUUCUGCUUCGACGCGAUUCCGGCGACGGCAUCGAAACCUCAAACGAAUGUCGUCAGGAGGAAGCAGCAGCAGCAGUAGCAGCAGCAGCGGCAGUGGAGGUUCUUCAGGAUCGAGCAGUGAUAGUACUGGGUCGUCCAGUAGUGGGAGCAGUUCUGUCAGUAGUGGAGGGACAUCCACGCUCGGAAACGGAGGCUCGGCUGGAGUUGGAUCAGCUCGUGAUUCCAAUGGCGCUGCGUCGACCGAGGGUUUUCCUAGCAGUUUUGGUCGCCCCAAUGUUGGAAGUGGCGUCCCCUCUGGAUCAAGUUUUGGUGCUUUCCGACCAUCACAUCCCACCUAUGCAGCCCAACCUCCAACCACCUACAUUACGAAACCACCUUCGCUCUGUGGGCGCAUCGGGAAAUGUGGUCGACGACCAAAUAAACGCCCGUCCUGGUCUCCGUCAGUGUUGCCUCUCUAUAUGGACGAGUGCCGCUCUCGGUAUGACAAUGACGUAUGGUACGACAAACAGAGGUUUACAUUUCUUCGAGCGGGUAUUCUUCGGGAUGGAACGGGUUUUUUCAAGUUUCCGCACUACAGCCAUGAGUUGUGCCUCACAGUUACGGACGAAUCUUUCAUUAGAAGCAAGAACGGCCGGAUCGUACGAGCUGAGGACUGCAACUACGGUGAAAGUCAAGUAUUCAAGUACGACAAUCAAACAGGUUUCAUCCAUGCAACUGGUCGUUGGGACGAUUUUUGCAUGUGGUCGAUGCCUAGCGACGCGAGAGGAGUGUUCGCUGGCCCUUGUCCCCCAGUGCUGUCCAAUGAGAGGUCGAUUUGGCGACAAGACAGCGAUCACAGACUUGUACAGCAGACGGAAGACAGGCUUGAAGAUGAACCACCCUUCAUGUGCCUGAACUGGGAUGUUGGUCGGCAAAGAUUUGCGAUGGCGGAGUGCGAAGACGAUGUGCAAGGCCGGCAAGAAAUCUACUGGUCACCGGCUAGUUUGCAUACGACUGCACCAACCAUAAUGCCAUCACCGAGUCCAACGACAGUAGUACCAAUUCCAACUUCCCAACCCCCGACGACCAGCCCAACAGCGAUGCCUUCAAUAUCAACAUUGAGUCCACUUGAACCUAUUCAGCCCUCGGAACCGACGAUUGCCCCCUCGACGAAUUCUUCGCUGCAACCAAGUACCGUGCAAGCUACUGGUGCCAACAUAUUUGAUCAUUCCUCACCGACAUUGGUCAACGCAACAGCUUCGAUAUCGACUCCUAAUGACCAGUUCCUGAACUCUUCGUCGGUUCCUGACAGCAAUGCUAGUCAAAUGGUAAACAUUUCAGCUCAAUCUAGCAGCAAUAUCAGCCAGAUGGUAAACACGACGGCGUUGGAUGAUGACAACGCGACGGUACUCGUCUUUCCUGACACAAACCAAACAGCAGCCGAAGGCGUCAACACCAGCUCCACGAAUGUCACCAGCACUCUCAACAUCACUACUUUUCCAAACGCAACCACAAACGUUUCAGAGGUCAAUUCCAAUGCUGCAUGCCGUAACUACCCUCCAUUCCUUGAUAGGCUUCACUACCUGACUCUUCAAGCCCUCGACGAUCCCUGCAGUCCACAAUCCAGAGCAAAUACAUGGAUGAAUGAAGAUCCUAAUCGGGAUUUCUACAAUGAAGAGCGUUUAUUGCAACGAUUUUCCUUGGCGACUCUAUACUAUUCCACUUCUGGUGAUUUGUGGGAACGGAAUGACCUGUGGCUCGAAUACGAUCAAGACGAAUGCCGCUGGUACAAUCAGAUCCCCAACAAUGAAACCGAAGGACCCAUCUGCAACUUCGAUUUUCACAUUACCAAGCUCGACUUGGCGCAGAAUGGCUUAGACGGAGUCUUGCCAGUGGAAUUGUUCUUCUUUCCUGCUCUGGCUUCUCUGGACUUGUCACACAAUCGCCUUUACGGAACUGCUCCCUCCCUGUUUGCUGGUGCAAGAAAUUUGCAAUGGCUGGUCCUGUCGUCAAACCAGUUGACGGGAGAAUUGAAUGCCGAGCUGGGAUUCGUUGCCUCCGAUCUGGCCACUCUGCGCAUUGAUGACAACCAGUUCUCUGGCUCGCUUUCAGGUCUGUUGCGGCUAUUGCCUUCUCUCUCUGACCUUGUCAUAACAGCGAAUCGAUAUACGGGGUCUCUACCGUCCAGUCUGGAUCAGCUGAGUGGCUUGAAGCGAUUGGAUGUUGGAAACAACGCAGGCUUGGGAGGAACCUUGCCAACUGAGUUAGCAGCAUUGAGUGACUUGAGCUCCUUGAACAUUGUGGGUACAAAUGUUUCUGGAUCGCCUCCAGAUGCCCUUUGUGAAUGGCAACAACAGGGACUACUGGAUAUACAGGCAGAUUGCGGUGGGCAAUUCCAGUGUUGUGAUGGAUCAAGUUCCAACACUGGAGUUGUCAGUCGACCUACGAACGGAACUCAGAGCGGUCCUCCUAACAACGUAACUCAAGGUGGUCCUAACAACGUAACUCAGAGUGGUCCGAACAAUGGAACCCAGUUCGGUCCGAACAAUGGAACUCAGUUCGGUCCAACGAAUGGAACUCAAUUCGGUCCUAACAACGGAACUCAGGUAGGUCCUAAAAAUUCCACAUCCCCUGGCAAUGUCACUGCCACUGGAGGUCAGGAUACUUGA